AGUCAGUCUACUCAGCCUCAAUCCAGACAGCUGCCUGGAGUAUCUCUAUUUAUUCGCUUACAUCCAUCUUUUAUCGCACGUCGAAUUCCUUAUUCCUUCUGCAACCGUCAAUCCAUUGCAACGGUCGUUUCUGAACUCUUCCCCGCACUUGCUUUCUUCUUCCAACAAUCACAUCACAAUGGGUAGUCAGAAGCGCAUAGCCAAGGAGCUGGCAGAGCUCAUGGAAACCCCUCCGGCAGGCAUCACCGUCGAGCUGGUGGAUGAGUCAAACCUGUACGAUUGGAAAGUCUACAUGGAAGGGCCUGAAGGAUCUCCAUACCACCAAGGCAUCUUCCUAGUCAAACUCAAGCUCCCCACCGAAUACCCAUUCAAACCACCCACCGUCUCUUUCGGAACAAAAAUCUACCAUCCUAAUGUCACCAAUGAUGAGAAGGGGAGCAUGUGUUUGGGCAUGUUGAAGCCCGAUGAGUGGAAGCCCAGUUCGCGGAUCUCGGCCGUGUUGGAGUUUGCGCGACAGCUGUUGAAAGAGCCGAUGCCGGAUGAUGCAGUUGAGGGGCGGAUUGCAGAGCAGUACAAGAAUGAUAACGCGCGGUAUGAAGAGAUUGCGAGGGAUUGGACACGGCGUUAUGCGACGGGGGAGAAGGCAUGAUAUGGUAUGAUAGGAGAAUAUCGGAGGAUACAGCUGGAGACAGACUGGGAGACAGGUAGGAGAUAUGCAAUAUCAUACGGAGUCAGUGAGAUGGUGAUAUGCACAGGGUGACAUCCCAUCUAUCCAUCUAUUAUUACAGCCUUCCUGCAUUAUGCGGGAUAGGACUAUGCCAUUCUAUCGUGAUUGUCAUGACUUACCCGGGGUUCAUGGGCCUGUAUUAGCAACGUUUUAGAUGUCAUUAGAUUAGAGAAACUACAUUCUCACGUAUACAUUUAUUCUUUAACACUGAAUAAAUACUUGAAAGUUCUUCUAUAUAACAUUUCCAUCAUGCUUCUUCCCCGUGACCGCGGAGGCAAUUCCG